UUGCAUAUGCAGAAACAGUGGGUUUUAGGAGGGAAUGUUUAUAAAGUCACACUUUUUUUCCCAUUUUGAACACUUACAUCUCAGCGCUUUGCCUGCAGAAGAGGAAAGAAAACAGCCUCAAACGAAGAUCGUUUUGGAAGACUGCCAGGUGUGUGAAGCAGAAGGAGGAGAUGAAGGACCAGGAGAAGCAGGGUUACUGGAAGGAGACGGGUCGAUGGGCAGGUUACGAGGAGAGCUUCGACCCACAUUCUGGGAUGUGGGCAUCCUCGCAUAUCUCCUACCUCACCUUCAAGAGCCUCAUCCAGCUGAGACGCACCAUGAACACUGUUGUGACAAUCUUCGACUGCGAGGAAAAGACUUUAGCCACCAUUGCUGAGAAGAUGGUUGGCGAGAUGGUUAGCAAGAAAGAGAUUAGAUCUGGAGACCGGGAAGGUGUGCUGAAAUCUCUGCUUCAAAACCGCAGUGAAUCGGCGGACCCAGAAAGCCAAAAGCUGACUGAUGGGAUGGACCUGCAAAGGUUUUCAGUGAAGGAAAGAAAAGAAGAAAGUGAUCAUAUUGAGGCCUCCAUGGUACUAGUUGGAGCUUUAGACUUUCUGGAAAAACCCACAGUUGCUUUUGUGAGGCUGAAAGAGGCAGUGUCCCUUGAUUCUGCUUUGGAAGCCCCCGUUCCUGCUCGCUUUCUCUUUGUUCUGAUUGGCCCAAGCAACACUGACCUGGACUACCAUGAGACUGGUCGUGCUAUGGCAGCUCUGAUGGCCGAUCAAGUUUUCAAUCAGACAGCCUUCCAAGCAAAGAGUGCCAGGGAUUUAACAGAUGCUUUGGUGGAUUUUAUCGACUGCAGCAUCGUUAUCCCACCCAUUGAAAUCAAGGAUGAAGCGAUGCUCAGCUCCAUCAUCGAUUUUCAGAAGAAAAUCCUGAAGGACAGGCUGCAGUGUAGAGAUCUUAUGCUCCGAAGAGACUCCAAAGCUGGCAGAGUUUCUGUAGGUAGUGGGACUCUUGCAGAGGAUCCCCUUUCACGCACCGGUCGACCGUUUGGUGGGAUGAUUCGAGACAUAAAGAGGCGCUACCAAUACUACAAAAGUGACCUCACAGAUGCCCUGAAUGCCCAGGCGCUUGCUGCCAUUAUCUUUAUCUACUUUGCCGCUUUGUCUCCUGCCAUCACUUUUGGAGGCUUACUAGCUGAUAAGGUGGAAAACAUGAUGGGUGUACCAGAGCUGCUCAUUUCCACCAGCAUCCAGGGCAUCAUCUUCUGCUUUGUUGCUGCUCAGCCCAUACUGGUCAUUGGUUUUUCCGGCCCUCUUUUAGUAUUUGAAGAGGCUUUUUUUGCGUUCUGUAAGUCCCAGGACAUUGAGUACAUCGUUGGGAGGGUGUGGGUCGGGGUGUGGCUCGUCAUCAUUGUGGUGAUCAUUGUGGCCUUUGAGGGCAGCUUUCUAGUGCGCUACAUCUCACGCUUCACCCAGGAGAUCUUCUCCAUCCUAAUCUCCAUCAUCUUCAUUUAUGAAACCUUUGCCAAGUUGGGAAGGAUCUUCAAGGCUCACCCCCUGAUUCUAAACUAUGAUCAUGUGAAUGCAACUUUGGAAAAUCCCUGGUACCCAAGGAUAGAGGAGACCACUGCUUAUGACAAUGCUACUGGAAACAUAACUGUAGUUGUAAACACUGUGAUGACGCCGUACCCAAACACAGCCCUGCUGUCCAUGUGCCUCAUGUUUGGCUGCUUUUUUAUUGCCUAUUUUUUGAGGCAGUUCAAGAACGGCACAUUUCUUCCUGGUAAUGUCAGGCGUCUCAUUGGUGACUUUGGAGUGCCCAUUGCUAUUUUCCUCAUGAUUGUUGCAGACUAUAACAUUGAGGAUACCUACACUCAGAAACUAGUUGUCCCUAAAGGAUUGAUGGUAUCCAAUCCAGCCAAAAGAGGUUGGCUUAUCAAUCCCUUCGGAGAGCACAAAUCUUUUCCAGUGUGGCUGAUGUUUGCAUCCUGCAUCCCUGCUCUACUUGUCUUUAUCCUCAUUUUCUUGGAGUCUCAAAUCACUACUCUGAUCAUCAGUAAACCUGAGCGCAAGAUGGUCAAAGGUUCUGGUUUCCACUUUGACUUGCUGGUUCUAGUGGGCAUGGGAGGCCUCAGUGCCAUAUUUGGUGUGCCUUGGCUGAGUGCCGCAACAGUCCGCACUGUAACCCACGCCAACGCUCUCACAGUCAUGAGCAAAGGAACAAAGCCCAAGAUAGAAAGCGUCGUGGAGCAAAGGGUGAGCGGCAUUGUGGUCGCCCUGCUUAUUGGUUUAUCAAUUCUGAUGGAGCCGAUCUUGAAGUUGAUCCCCAUGUCAGCCUUGUUUGGGAUCUUCCUCUACAUGGGAGUGACAUCACUAAAUGGCAUCCAGCUUUGGGAUCGUAUGCUGCUUCUUUUCAUUCCAAAGAAAUACCAUCCAAAUGAACCUUAUGCCACCAAAGUGAGAACAGGGAGAAUGCACCUGUUUACGGCCAUCCAGGUAGUUUGCCUCGCCAUCCUGUGGCUUGUGAAGUCCAGCCCAAUAUCCCUUGCUCUUCCCUUUAUUCUUAUCCUCACAAUCCCUCUCCGCAUGCUCAUGACCGGCCGUCUCUUCACCCAACUGGAGAUGAAAUGUUUGGAUGCUGAUGAUGCCAAGGUGAUGUUUGAGGAGGAGCCUGGGCAGGAUGUGUACUGUGAAACUCAGAUGCCUUUGUAGAGGACUUCAACAAUGGCUGCUGAUACUUUUUUUU